AUGUCGACUUAUGAGAUUGAGCACAACACAACCGACCCUGCGGCCGAGACUCGGAGCCAACGCCGGCGCCGCCCCGAUCUAUCGACCUUCUUCGCAACCCUUUCCGAGAUCACACCCGGCCCCGACCACCGUCCACACGCAGUUCCAGUGCCAGGUGAUGUGAGUGCCGCUUUCUACUCGCUCGCCGAGGCGUUUGAGGUUAUGCGCCGAGACGCCAGGGCAGCCGUAGCCCCGGAGGGAGAAGAGGGCCACAAUGGGGACGACAAUACAACAAGCGAUGAGCUCUUGACUCGUAUGAUUCAAACGCUUCUAAGCGAUGCAGAUACUCCACCCCGGGAGGUGGAGGGUGUGAGCGAGGAGUUCUGCGACAUGCUUGACCGCGUCCCGAAGUCUGCUCUGAGUCCCUCUCAAACCUGCCCAAUCUGUAACAACCCCUUUCUGGAAGACCAGUACCCUCUUGUCGUCCAACUUCCCUGUCACCCAACGCACCUAUUUGACCUCGAGUGCGUGCGCCCCUGGCUCCGUCUGCGCGGUACAUGCCCACUAGAUCGCAUUGAUUUUGCCAAGCAGCAGAGAGAGAAGGACGAGGCAAGGAAGAAGCUGGUCGAAGAGGAUGAGGAGGAAGAGUGGGACGGAAUGUAUGGCUGA